UUUUUUGUAAUCACUAUUUUAAACAAAAAUUUUAUUAACACUAAAAUAAUGUCACAAUCAAAGACACAAAAACCAGUAAAACCUUUAGUGACAGCUACUUCUUCGCCAAAAAAACAAACAGAAACAGAAUCCAAAAACCAAAAGAUUCAGACAAAUAGUGGUAAAACUGGUGAAAUAAAGACAACAAAAAAACCGACUAAAUAUUACGAUGCGGUCACUGAUAUGCGCGCCAUUGAUGCCAACGAAAAGAUUUUGUUUAUUAAAAGCUCAUUCAAUAUAGCAUUCAAAGACCAUUUCAUACAGAAGUUUACUGAUCGAGAUCUGUGGCGACUGUUUAUCGGUUCAUUUGGAUGCGCUCUGUUUGUUGGCUACAACUGGACAUUGAUGGCUAUCAUAACAUUCAUAUCGCUGUUAGGCUCUUAUAUUCAACGGCAAACCUAUGAACGGACAGAAGCUUACGAGUACUGUCGGCAAGAGUUGAUCAAAGAUCCCGAACGAUUGCAUUCAUUCUUGAUGUCCAUAACGUCGCCAAACGAGACAAACAUCGGUCGGGCCAACGAUCAGCCGUGCGAAUGGAUUAACGAUAUUCUGUCAAAAUUCUGGCCAAAUAUCAAUAGUAUAGUUCAGUCACAGAUUGACAAUCAAGGGUUUGGCGAAAAAUCUGUAGAACUAAGCGGUAAUAACAUGUACUUCGAACGGUUCACUUUGGGCGACAAACCGCCAGUUUUGUCGAGUAUUCACGUUCGCAAAAGUGGUCACCGAAAGGAUGAGAUAGUAGUGAUAGUCAGACUCGUCUAUUUCGGUAAUUGUUUGGUACUCUUCAGCUACAGAACAACAUUGGGUUUGAAAGCCAAGGCUGGUGUCAAAGAUGUCUUCUUUCGGGGCAAUGCUGUCAUUGUGUUGCGACCACUGCUAGAAGUGCCGCCAUUUAUCGGCGGUAUAUCGGUUUGUUUGCAGGACAUACCUAUCAUUGAAUACGAUGGUCUCAAUUUGGCUAACAUUGCCGACAACAAGUUAUUCAAGCGAGUCCUGUUAAACAUUAUCUCAUCAUAUCUGGUGUCACCCAACAAGAUAUUCGUACCGUUGAUCGACAACGUAAACAUCAAACGCGAACUCAAAUAUCCGCAACCGAUUGGUCUGUGUUUUGUUGAGAUUAUUGAAGCCGAAGAUUUGCCACAAAUGGACGCACAUCGGUGUCUAGUAUUUUCCGGUGGAACCGAUUCUUAUUGUAAACUAAAGAUCGGUAACUAUGCCUUCAGUACACAAAUUGUCUACAACUGUAUGAAUCCGUAUUUUGGCGAAAACUUCAGUUCACCCGUUCAUGACUUUAAUGAUUAUCUGGUGAUAGAAGUGUACGACAAGGACGCCGUCAGUUCGGAUGACUUUAUGGGUUGUAUACGAAUCAAACUGUCAGAAGUGGGCCGAAACAGGAAUCUUAACGGCAAAGACAAGUGGCUACCCAUUGGUCAGUCGCCGUCGGGUUCGUUGCACUUUCGGGUAGCGAUAUUCGAGUUGAGUAACAAUAAACGAAACAUACAGAAGAUGACUAUAGCGGCCAAAGAAUCAUCAGUUUCGAUACCGAUCGGCAUUUUAUCAGUAUUUGUUCACUACGUACGCAACAUAUCGACCACUGAUGAAGAAUUUGACUUAAAACCAGUCGUCAAACUCAAGUUUUCCGAUCAAAAUUAUAUGACAAAGACAUCAAAAUCACCGAAAAAAGGUUUAUUUUAUUUCGAAGAGUGCGUCGACUUUUUGUGUUACGAUUUUGCCAAAGAGUAUCUCACAGUUUCCGUCAUCUGUCAGGAGAUGAAGACAUUGACUUUUGUCAAAGUGUUCGGUGAAUGCAGUGUUGCCCUCAAAGACAUUGUCCUGAAGACCAAAAACAUGUCGUUUAACAAAGAGUUUCCCAUCAAAAGGAUUCUCAAACUGAAAGACGUAACAGAAGUGAAAGACACGGGUAUUAUCAAAAUCUAUGUCUGUCUUAAAGUCUGUAAAUAUCGACACAAAGUGAUUGAAAAUCUGAAGAUACCGUCCAAUAUUCAGGCAAACAUUGAGGAAACAGUAGACAACGCAACCUCUUUGACCAAACUAUACAGAGAGCCCAUCAAUACAGCAAAGAAUCCGUUUCAAAGUAUACGACUGAUUGCCAAUAAGUUAUCGUUGGGACCGCCAAACAAGUCUAUAGUGGCCGGAGAUAUAACAAAAGUUAUGCCACAAAUAGAUGAAAACUGUUGGGUGAAAAUGCGGGUCAAAUGGCCGGACAGGAAUGCCAUACACGUAGAAGUACUCAAAUUAGUUCAGUUGCCACUCGAUGUGGUCGAACGUAGCUAUAAAUACACUGUUUGUGUCCGACUUGGACUACAACAACAACAACAGGAAAUACCAAAAAAUAAGUCAAAAGUUGUCGACAAUAACAACACCAAUAAAUCCAAAAGUAAGAAAAAAACAAAGAAUUUGAAGACCAAAUAUACGAGUAAACAGCCUAUUAUUAACCACUCGACAACCAUUGCGUUCAAUGAAAGACUGAUAUUCAAGAUAUCGUCACUAAAUAAUAUCGACGAUCACGUACUGGAAGUGUUUCUGGUGACAUGUAAUCCGCGCCGAUUUGUUGCCACCACUUAUGACUACAGUUUUGUAGCGUUUUGUCCACCGAUAGACAUACCGAAAGUUGAGUUCAAAGGCGACCCAAUUGAACAGUGGAUGCGAUUGCAAUUGUAUCCCAAAUAUAAAAAACAAUUUGUUGUUUAAAAAAUAUUUGAAAUCAAAUUUAUUUUAUUUUAUAAGCAAUUAGAAGAAAC